ACCAACACACACACAUACAAAUUAAAAUUUCCCACAGCUAGAUUCAUGAGGAGCACAUGAUCACCGUAUGUGCAAAUAUUGAAAGACAAAAUGUAUUUAAACAGUCUCAACAGCUAAAUGGUAUCAAUCUGGUAGCAUACAGAACCUAACAAGCAUCUGCAUAAACAAGAUGAAGCUCUGCAUUCUGCUUGUGUUUGGGACCCUGUUUGUCGUCAUUAACGGUAUGCCGCCAAUCAGCAGGGACUACAACACACACUGCCGGUGCCUGCAGGUGGAGUCGAGGAUCAUCCCUCCAGACAAUUUGAGGAGCAUCAAAAUCUUCCCUGAAGGGCCGCACUGCCCGGAAACAGAAGUCAUAGCCGGGCUGGCCAGUGGGGUGAAGGUCUGCCUGAACCCUCGGUCCUCCUGGGUGAAAAAGCUGAUCCACUUUGUCCUUGAGAAACAGUUACAUCAGCAGGAAGGAGCACUUCCCAAGAAUGAAGCAUAAAAUCAUGGUGCAUGCUAAGAAAGAUGUUGCAAUUAAAGCUGUUAAGAGUAACUAAUUUCUGCAACUACGAGCCAAGCUGUUUUACUUUAGUAAAUAAAAAGUGAUUAAAUUAAUAUUUAACCCAGUCUGUGUAACUUUUAAUAACUUCUUUAUGUAGUUAGUGUUAUUUCAGCUUCAUUGUGUCUUUUACAUUGUAUUUCCAAUGUUUUUCACAAAAUAUUUGACACAUUUAAAAAAAAAAAAAGACUGAUUCUGGAUUUAUAUUGUUGUAAGUGUAAGAAAGAGCAUACAAAUGCAGAUAAGUAUGUGAUUAUGUUCGGUAGGAAAUGGAAAGUUACCAAUCAGCUGUAUGUAAAAGACUUUGUGUGCAUAAGGUAUUUAAUUUU